AUGGAGGUCGAAAAUGAAAUUGGCCAAAACGCAAGUGAACAUUUAAAAAAAAAAAAAAAAAAAAAACAUGAAAAGAGGGGGAAUAAACGGGCGCACACCCCCAAAACGGAUAUAGCACAGGGCAUAAAUGUAUGUAAUAAAAAGAGUAGAAAAAAUAGCCACAACGAAAAUGAAGGCACUGAAGGUUACGCAGAUAACUUCGCAAAUAACUGCGCAGAUAGCAACCCCGGUAGCCGCACCUACAACCGCAACGAUAUCCACGCCUAUAACGGCUACCAUGACCAAGCACACGAUGCUGGCUUUGCACCUGAGGAGUUAGAACGCAUCUGCGACGAUCAGGAGAAGGUAGUCCACGCGGAAAGUAAAAACUACGGGGGGGUAACUCCUGACGGAAACGAGGACACCACCAUGUCCACUUAUGAUGAUAACACGAUUGAAGAAGGAGACAACACACAGCAUUGCGAUAUGCAUGACGCAUGGAUCACACUUUGUCAAUAUUUCAAUUGCAUGCAGAAAAAGGACCACAUAAAUGAGGAAGACACUCAUUCCGAAUUGGCUGUUCCCCCAAAUCAGUUUUUUAAAACUUCCAACUUUUUUUGUCAUAAGAAUAACUUCUUUUGUAGUGAACAUGAGGAGGAUCAUUCGACUGUUAAUUCGGUGGACGGUAACAGGGCCGGCGGUAUCUUCUGUUGGAGUGCUUCCCAUCAUCGUGGUGAGGAUGAACAAUGCGGGUCUACCCAAGGAGGGGAAGACGCCCUUGGGGGGAGCGGAAACGCGAACAUGUCGAACGUGCAUAACAUUGGCAGCCUCAACAGUAAGACUGACUCCAUGGGGGGGGAACUCCCAGUAGGAGGAGAUUCUACCCACCUGGACAACGCCGAUGAGGAAAAUGACCAAGGAGAAAAACAAAAAAAAUAUAUACGAAUUAUAAGCAAAGGUAAAGAAGAGUCAAAUUACGAUAGUGCGAACAACCUGAAUUCUUCGUCAUCCUUACUUUCCAGACACACAAGUGAAAAAAAUAAUUUGGAGGACCUUCCUGAUGGGAACAGUCCUCCCGUCGGUCUAUACCCCCUCAUCAGUAGAGGCAAAAUUGACAGAAACGUCAUUUUCAUACAAGUAAGAAAUUUCUCGCAAAAAAUUGAUGAGUACAUUUCGGAUGAGAAAAUUUUCAGAGCGCAAAAAUUAAUCCUGCACGUAAAAAAGUAUGUAGAGUAUUAUAUUAACUAUUUCAAAAAAAUAAACGAUGAAGAAGUCGUUCAAAUGUUAACAAAUUAUUACGAGGAAAACUGUACUGAUAAGAAUGGCAGUUAUAAUGUGAACAGAUUAAAAGCCCAUAUAAUUUUUUAUUUUUUAAAUUUUUUCCGCUUGCAUGAAAUGUCCAAUAUGCUGCAGGAUUAUUCCUACUACUUUUCGCUGGACAAGAACAACAGCGUAUCUUCCGACACGAUGAGCAACAGCUUGGACAACAACACUUCUCACACUGUGGGCGAAAAUGCAAAUACGAACAGAAAAUCUUCCACCGAUCAACCCGCUGUUAACUCCGACGAGGGUCUCCCUUGCGGCUUGGACGGUGAAGUGCCCACUGAGCAGAACGGAGAAGUGAAAAGUGCACAAAGUGGUGAUGAGAAAAGUGCACAAAAUGGGGAUGAGAAAAGUGCUCAAAGCGGCGAGGUCAGAAAUGAGGACCAACAUGGGGACCAACGUGCUGAUCCACAUUCGGACCAAGCCGAAGAGGCAGCAAACCCAGACGAGCGCCCAGUGGACGACCAUCCCAGCGGCAACAACCAGGACGACGAGGAGGAACAAACAAAACGAGAGAGUCAAGUCAUUGUGGAUAAAAUAUAUCACCACCAGUGCAAUGGAUCCAGCAUCCACAGCAGCAAGAAAGUUUCCAUCGAGAAGAAAAAUUCCAAAGAAGAAGGAACCAACAUAAACACAAAAGGAAGUAAUCGACAUAUGGUUAAAAUAAUUCAAAAAUAUUCCAGACGUUUUAAAAACUUUAGGAAAAUAAAACAAAACAAAGAAGGAUGGAUUAAAGAAAAUGACAAAUAUUUGGAUUUGUGGCACCGAGUGGAUAGUGACAAUAAUAUUUCUGUGCAUAUACGGGGGAAGCUUCCCUACGACGUUAGCAUGAUCCUGUCCAUUAUAAGCGAAACGGAGCUAAGCACCCACUGGGUGCCCUUUCUCACAUCCGCACAGAAAAUCAAAAGCUUGUCUAAAUCUAGCGCCCUCAUUACACAGCUCUACGAGUACCCCAUAAUAGGGAAGAAGGAGUCCCUGAUGUAUGGCUUGGGCGCCAACACGCUGGAAGAACUCGGCUGCAUAAUCCUCUGCUGCAUGUGCCCCCCGGAGCUGAAGAAAGACAUCGAAUUCUUCCAAAACAUGUGCAACCAAAUGAACAUAAACAAGAACGAGGAAAUAUUAAAAGUCAAGGAAACCCCAUUAAAAUUCAGAAGAGUAAAAAGAGAAGUCACUUUUUUCGACUGCCAGUUGCCAGAUCCCACACCCAAAAUAGACAGACAAAGGGCAGCCAAUUUGUGCUUCUUAAUAUACCCACUGAAUAAUGGGAAGUCCACCGUUCUCGAGCUAUUCGUUCAUUUCGAAAAUGAGUUCAAAUACACGCCAAUAAAAAUGGUCACUUAUUUUAUUAAAAAAAUUGUGAAAAAUAUGUACGCCAAUAUCAUCAAGACGUGCAAAAAUUACCACACGAUUUAUGCCGACCGGCUAAACACGAACCAGGAAUUUUACCUCUGGCUCAAUGACCAAAUUAAAAAGUACACCAAGAGCAAGCACCAGGCCAAGUUCAUUGAUUCGAUGAGUCUCGAGAGCUACCACGAGCCGGAAAACAAUGACCCGCUCUAG